UACACCGGUCUCACGUUGCACAUUUGUGGACAGGAUGACGUUAUAAGAUGCGUAACUGAGUAACAACUAAAAUAUAUUCUUAUACUGGAUGGACAAUCAAUUUUGUGGACGCCUAAGUUUUGGAUAUUAAACCUAAGACUCACGUGGAUCUCAAAAGUGCUGGAGACACAAUGUUACAUCCUAUUUAGCACUCACCUGAACGAUUGUUAAUCCAUUGUCACCACAUGGAUCCUAUUUCCUCUAAACAUAUGAAGACACCGUUAACUGGCCAGUAUGCUGUUAAUGAAUGACCAGAGUGCGGUGAUGUCAGGAGGUGACAGUGGUCAAAAUGGGGAGGAGCCAGCAUUGCCAUCGGGCACAGCAGAGAAUGAAGGGGCAGACGGGGCUGCAUCAGGGUAUCAGGAUGGACACAUGCAGUUGCAGCACCUCGCGGCAGAGGGACAAGGAGCUUUAACAGGGGAAGUGGGGCAGGAAGAUGAGGAGAUGACCAGUGCCUCCAAUGAUCUUUCCUCCUCGGCCAAUGAAAGCCCUGGGAGUGCCAGGGGAUGCCCCUCACCUUCGACCAAGAGCAGUGAGUUGGAUGUUAGAGGAAGAGGACACGCCCACAGAGAAGUGAUGAGCACAGUGGCUGAGAUGAAAAAGAAGCUUCCAUCGGACAGACGCAGCCACAGCAAAGCCAGCACUGUAGAAGCCUUAAAUUACGCUCUCAACUGUGUCAAGCAAGUACAAGCCAACAGUGAAUACUACAAACUGCUGAUGCAAAAUGGGCAGGAUCAGAGAAGAGAUGACACUGUUUGCACCUUGGAAGAGCUGGAGAGGGUCACCUCUGAGCACAACCUUAAAAACACGGAUUCAUUUGUGGUGGUUUUCUCUCUGUUGAGCGGUCGCGUGUUGUACACUUCAGAGCAGGCUCCCAGCUUACUGUGCUGCAAGAGGAAGUACCUGGAGUCUGCAAAGUUUGUCGAGCUGCUUUUCCACCAAGACGUCAACGUCUUCUACACGCACACAGCGCAGCCACACUUGCCGCCGUGGAGCAACUCGCACUCUGCUGGAGUUCUAUUUGACAGUGCCCAGGUCAAGUCCUUCUUCGUCAGGAUAAGGGGAAUCAAGGAUCGCGAAGGUGAGAUGCGUUACAAUCCUUUCAGGAUCACCCCUUACCUGCUGAAGGUGCAAGGAACAGGGGGCAGAAACGAGGAGGAGCCAUGCUGCCUGGCGUCAGCUGAACGAAUCAUCUCUGGAUAUGAAGCACCUCGUAUCCCUGUGGACAAACGUAUCUUCACUACAACACACUCCCCUGGCUGUGUUUUCUUGGAAGUUGAUGACAGGGCUGUGCCAUUGCUGGGAUACAUGCCUCAGGACCUGAUUGGCACAUCGUUGCUGACUUGUAUUCACCCAGAGGACCGUCCCCUCAUGCUGUCGAUGCACAGGCAAAUAUUAAAGUAUGCAGGGCAGCCUCCAUUUGAGCACUCUCCAGUACGUCUGCAGUGUCAGAAUGGAGACUACAUAACCUUGGACACCAGUUGGUCCAGCUUUAUCAACCCUUGGAGCCGCAAGGUGGCCUUCAUCAUUGGACGACACAAAGUCAGAACGAGUCCUCUGAAUGAAGAUGUGUUUGCGGCUCGGACCAAGGACUACGUUCCUGUCACUUAUGAGGAAAUAAAAGACCUUCAAGCCAAGAUCUAUAAGCUUUUCCUCCAGCCGGUGCACAACAAUGGUUCCAGCGGUUAUGGCAGUUUGGGGAGUAAUGGCUCUCAUGAGCACUACGUCAGCUUUGCUUCUUCAAGUGAUAGCAAUGGGAACCUGUGGGAGGACUCAAACCGGGAACCGAUGACCUUGCAGCAGAUCUGUGCUGACGUGAACAAAUCGAAAAGUUGGGGCCGACAUGCGUAUCUUGAUUCCAGCCAAAGAAAUACUCCUCCUGGCAGACAUAACAUAGUGGCUCAAAUCCACUCAGCCUCCAAGCCUGAAGUCAGAGGAAAUGAAGAAAGCAGGAAGCAAACACACAUUCCCUCCUAUCAGCAGAUCAACUGUGUGGACAAUAUCAUCAGGUACUUGGAGGGCUGUGUGAGUCAAGUCCUGAAGCGAAAGAAUGAAUCUCCUUCCUUGGACACAACCUCUUCCUCGUCCUCUAUCUCAGAAGAAGAGAAGCCCAUAGGUGUGUCUCCAAACGCUUCAGAAGUGGUUGUGUUGGUCAGUGAGGUGUCAGUGGGCCCUGCAGCUGCAGCAGUUGUCGGGGCACCUCUGACAGACAUCACCAUGUCCUCUAAGGCCAUGAGUGUUGUCUCGGUCACUAGCCAGUGUUCGUACAGCAGCACCAUCGUCCAUGUGCCUCAGCCUGAGUCAGAGGCCACAGCACUGGAGGAUGCCCAGAUGGGUAGCGAGCCUGCUGAACCUGCUCCCACUCCCGUCCGACCAACCCUGAGCUCUGCAGCGGAGGAGAGAAGGUUGGUAGGUCUCACCAAGGAGGUGCUGUCAGCUCACACUCAAAAAGAGGAGCAGGAAUACGUUGAUCGCUUCCGCCAUCGCAUCCUUCAGAGUCCCUACAGCUCCUAUUUACAGCAGGAAAACGGCUCAGUGACUCAUUCUCACCAACCAGGGGACUAUCUGCGUCCGAUAAGUGCUGGAGGCUGGAAUCGCUCUCGAAAAGCAAAGUCCAGACACAAGCGACCCAAACCCCAGGGAUCCUCAGACAGCUAUGCUUCCCCAGCUGGCCCCACUCGCCCUGUUCCUUACUCAUCAUGGCCCUCCUCAGAGUCAUCACAACCUCAGAUGGCAGAGACCUACAGCCAAACAUCCCCCGUACCGGUGCCGUUCUUUCCCGUCCUGGGGAAUCCUGGUACAGAGCAGCCCAGACCACAGCCUCUGCCUGCAGCAGCUCCUGCAAUGUUACAGCCUCCUGAACAGCUCAGUUACAACUUCAAUGUCAUGCCAUCCGGUCAGAGCCAGCCGACAAUACAACCAGUUCAGAUGGAGCCCAUGCAGAAUUUCCAGAACUUUUACAGCCCACUCCCGCUAGUUUCACCCCAAAGCUUUAAUCCAUACAUGGCUCCUGUCAUGGCUAUCAUCCUACCUAGCUAUCCAAAUUUAACUCCAGGCUUUCCGUCUGUGCCCUCUGCAGUACUUCAAGGAUCCAACAUGAUAACAGGUUACGCUCCUGGCAGUGCAUCUUUCCCUCAGCCUCAGUUCCAGGUCCAGACUGGCCCCCACACUCAGACAUCACCGGGCCUUCUUCUUUGCUCUCAGAAAGCUACCUCCUCUGUUGGGGAGGAGGAGGAAACGGCUGGGCCUCAGCCUUUAUUCUCAAGCUCCCGCUCCAGUUCUCCUUUACAGCUCAAUCUCCUGCAGGAGGAACUUCCCAAACUGAGUGAGGGGCAGAGCAGCACUGGACUCAACCACUCUGAAAGUCUCCAUGAACAACAUGCCAUUGAGGGUGAUGCCCCAAGUGAAUCUGGCAACCAGGAUGCCCAGUCAACAUCCAGUGAGCUGCUGGACCUGCUCCUGCAGGAGGACGCCAGGUCAGGAACUGGAUCCAAUGCUUCGGGAUCUGGAUCAGGAGAAUCUGGAGGUUCACUGGGAUCUGGAUCUGGCUCCGGCUCCAAUGAAACGUCCACCUCACACACUGGCAGCAGCAACAGCAGCAAGUACUUUGCCAGCAACGACUCGUCAGACACAUCCUGCAAAGCUCCUAAGAGCCAGGAGGCACCAGUGGAGCGACCACACAGCUUCGAAACUCGGGUGGAGAACUCCUUAUGGAGCAUGAUCCAGCACACGCCUGAGCAGGUUAUGAAGACCUACCAGAUACACACAAGGGACCAGAAUGAGGUGCUGGCAGAAGACAGAGAAAAACUCAGAGUGCUUCAGCCAUUCCAGCCGUGGUUCAGCCAGGAGCAGAGAGAGGAGCUGGCCAAGGUCCAUCCUUGGAUCAAGCAGCACACCAUCCCACAGGAAAUAGACACACAGGGUUGUGUGAGCUGCAACUCAGGGGCAGACCUGGCCUACUCCUCCCAGCCAUCAGUCCCAGAGAGUUUAUUACCUGUGGAGAGCCUUCAGCGGGACUCUAUUGGACAUGUGGCUGACACCUCAAACAGCUCACAGUGAACCAGCCUUGUCAAAAACCUCAGAAAUACUCACAGUGCAUCUCUUUUCACCACUCCACAAUAAUGGAUCUAGUGCUUUAAUUUAACAUGUUUUGUACAGACAGCAGAAACCAGGUGAGGGCCUCAAGGAGUGGAGGAGAGAGGACAUGUUACUGGCCCCUUAAGGAACUACUAAAGUCGUACCUCUCUUCUUUUGCUGUUAAUCAAGCCCCUGGAGGGAUUUGUGUCACAGUAAUGACUCUCCAGAUCUUUUGUCAAUGAGCCACCUUGUGCUCUGUAUAUAUAAAAAGGUCUGAGCAUUGUGUAAAACCUGCACUUCUGGUGUUGUACCAGUGGGACAGGCUGAAAAGUCCAAAACGAUGCUGACCUAAAACACACAGUAAACAUUUCUCCAAUGACACAAAGUCCAGGUGUACAGUUUAUAACCCACAUCAACUCUUUUAGCAACACACAGCUGUGACCUACCAUGAACGCCAUACAGGAAACUACUUUUUAUGUGAUGGACACGAAGACAAAGACAUCAUUGAUGCUCUUGGCUGUUUAUAAUGUUCAGGUAAAAUCCUACAGGUUGUCAUUGGAUUGUUAUGAUCUCCUAUUCCAUAACCUGGAUUCCUCUUGUCCAAAUCAUGCUUUUUGUUGUGUUGUGUUAUGUAAUGUUGACUCAUGAACAACAGCCAACCUGUUGAUAACCUCUAAUGAAAAUGAUUCCCGAGUCGAUUCUUGUCCUGCUCGGUCAUGACCCUGUUUAUACCUGUUGUCUGGCUGUGUUGCUGCGCACAGGCACUACGCAGCACCAGGUCUCACUUUUACUGACUAAAGAAAUUCCCCGCCAGACCCUGUAGCUGUAUUUUGGGCUGCGUAUGUGUUUGUGUGAUAGAAACAGAAAGGAAACGGACCAAUUCUGUGAAUGUUCCUGUACUGAAGUAAGAUUGUGGGUGUGAAUGCGUUGACUGUCUACUUCCUUUGAAACACUUGUCCAACAGUGCAAGACAGAGCAGGGUUUGCAUCAUUUUUGGAUCAAAAAUAUAUACCAGUACUGUGUAUUUUAUAGAAAAUGUACACAAAUACAUGCUACAAAGUGUAUAAAAAGCCAUUUGUCUUGAAUUCAGGGACUGUUUGUGACACAAAGAAUGAAUAAAUAAUCUAUGAACUAA